AUGGUUGCCGCUCCGUCUCGUCCCUUCUACUGGCCGGGUGACAUUCCACUAGAAAUCCAAAUUGACCCUAGAGGCGAUAUUGAUCCCGAGGAGGCCGAUGAUGAGGCAAAGGGGAACAUUGAGUUUCGCGGGAAAUGGCCAACGUUCCCGACGAAGAUGGUGAUUACGAGAAAGGGUGUCAACAGAGUACCCCAAAGACGUCGUGCACAACAUCCACCAGUGCUACGACUUGCCGCCCUUUUUGUGUCUCGCACCCCUGAGUCCAUCAGACAGGAAAACAGAUCCAGAUGGAUCAAGCUAUACAUUCUUUCCUGCCGAAUAGACGGCGAUAUGGACUCUUGUCUUGGCCAUCUCGGGUCCCGAGAUGGAGCUAUUGACGUCAACCCGGCCACACAUGAUCUCUCUGCGGUGCAGAUCACAGAUGUGCUAACCCGCGAUAUACUCGAAAUGGCCAACUUGAACUUCAUGACGAUGAUCCGAAAUGAUGAUCUCGAUACCGGUCACAUCACGGUUGUAGAGUUUAAGAGAAACGGACAAGUUCACAAUUCGUUCCGUCGUCGCGCUUGCAACAUGUGGCCUGUAUACCUUGAGUACUGUAGCGCGUGGAGACCGCUUGGGUAUGUAAUAGAGCAACGUGUUGGUGUGCAGUCUGGACAUGACCUGCCCCUCAUUAAUAUCCUGGAAGGAGCCAAGGCUCGAGAUGAGUUUCUUUUUGGAUUUGACGGCGCGCGCGACGGCUGGAUGGAGGGCAUUGAGAUUUACGCACCUGGAAGCAGAUAUAUCAAGCACAAUUUGGCUAGAAGCGGGAAUACGGGCCUUCACGUAUAUGCGCGUUUGCUGGCUGAAGCUAGCAUCCCCGCCGCUGGCUGUGCCGGCCAAUACAGGCACUGUUCCAGUGCUACUACGGCGUCAAAUGCAGAGGCUAGUGCCAUGACAUCUUCUACAUUCACAACUGGCGAUACCAGCGACACGAUCUCUUCCUGGACGAAGUGA